CGGCGCGGCACCGCGGCCAGCCCCGCAGGGUGCAGCGGCACCAGCCCCGGGGGGGCUCGUCGCGCUCUCGUGGGCAGGGGGGGAGACGGGAACGUGGCUUUCCGCCGUCGCCCGCUCUCCUGCGGCCCUGCGCCAGCCCCGCCGCGCUUCUCCGACAGAAAUCGCCUGCUUCACAAGCCACCUGUUCCUUCCAGGGGGCACCCGCCGCAAGUUCCCGUGGACUUCAAACAUGGAUCUGUUCCGGGUCUGCACCUUUCUCUUCAUGCUGAUGUUGUCCAGGGGCAGCUCUUCGGACCCAGAGAAACAGAGCAUAGACUCUGGGUUGGAAAUCUAUAAGAAGCUGUUUGAGGUGAAGCGCAAGGACCAGAUGAACGCACUGAAGAACCUGAUUGAGCUCAAUGAUGUGAACCAACAAUAUAAAAUCAUCGACAUCAUGCUCAAGGGACUCUUCAAAGUGCUGGAGGACUCCCGAGCGGUCCUUAUAGCCGCAGAUGUGCCUCCAGAUGGGCCCUUCCCUCAGGAUGAGAAGCUAAAGGAUGCCUAUUCCCACGUGCUGGAGAACACGGCUUUCUUUGGAGACGUGGUUCUGCGCUUCCCCAAAAUCGUCCACCAUUACUUUGACCGCAACUCCAACUGGAACAACCUGGUCCGCUGGGGCAUCAGCUUCUGCAACCAGACGGGCGUGUUCGAUCAGGGACCUCACUCCCAAGUGCUCGGACUGAUGGCUCAGGAGCUGGGAAUUAGUGAGAAGUCUCCGGAUUACCGGAAUCCCUUUAAAACCGACCAUUCCGAGUUUUUCCCCAGUGCAGACACGUUCCAGAAGGCCCUGCGAGAGGAGGAGAAACGGAGAAAGAAAGAAGAGAAACGGAAGGAGAUCCGCAAGGGGCCCCGCAUCUCGCGCUCGCAGUCGGAGUUAUAGUGCUGCCUUGCUGCUGAGACCCCUGCUGGCGGGAGAUGCCGCGGCUGGAAGCAGAGUGUCCUACUCCCUCAGCAGCCUCAGGAGAAGGCCAGGCGGGUCACCUUUAAUUUGUUUAAUGGUUUUUGUUUUCCUUUUUUCUGUGGUGUAUCGGACAAGGACUGGAUUGAAUCCUGAGAAGGGACUGGACGCAGAUCCUGGAUACAGCCCCCCGUGGGAAAGCUCUCCAUAGCUAUUGGCAUACGGAGGGUCCAGCAGAGAACAUCCAUUGGGUGCAUGCACUGUAGGGCUUUCCUGAUACUAACAACGAGACUGCAUGGAGGCAGGGAGGGAUUAGCGUGGUACCCGCCCCCCUGGAACCACAAUGCAGGAUACAGGGCAUAGUUAUACUGGGCAGGACUAUGUUGCGAGCUGCAUAGUUAUACCGGUCAGAGGGAAAGCAUGGUAGGGUUUGUGGUUAGAGCAGAUACCCACAGGCCUUGGGAACCUUCAGUUACUAGAGAAAUACAAUGUAUCAUGUAUUAAACAUGCUCCCUUCCCCCUGGAAAUGGGGGGUAGGCGGUGUAACUUAGCGGCUCCAAAGGGGAUGGCGCUUUUAUAUGGUUCAGUUAGCCAGCUAGUCCCUCCCCUGCCACUUAUACCAAAUCCUGCAUUGUUGGAACCUCCAUCCACAAAUCAGAUCUCUCCUUUCUAGAUGGCUGUUUUAUUAAAGAAACACAAUUUAAAAACAUCUAAACGGACCAUUGGCUGAUCUGGAUUGGAGAGAGCCAAUCGGGGUGAACCCCCACCUAUGUAGUGGGAGGCAGCCCACAUUCUCAGGGCUGCAGGAGGAAAGGGUUUUUUGGGGGGAGGGGGGACUGGGUGAAGGAGAGGGGGGCUGCUGUGCAUGCCAGGACAGACUGAGCAGGCUCCAGAGAGUCUAACGUCACCGUAAGGCCUCCCAGCAAAGGAUCUGGAGUAAAGACUCAGCUUGAACUGCCAAAAAAAAAAGACUCCUUAUGCCGGUGGCUUGCAUGAGCUGAACUUGUGGUUUCUGGUCUCGGCUCAGUUCCUGGCAAACAGGUGCCCACGUGACAACCACCAUGGCCACUGUCACUCAGUGGGAACCUCAACAAAAAGACCAAGGAUUGAAUAAGCUAUGGAGGCGGAACUCCUCUUCCCCACCUUCCCCCUAGAGAAUCCCACUUGCUCCGGAUUAGAGGCACGUUGUUGGGGGAUGUGAAGCCCAUGCUGUGACUACCUUUACUGUAGUUGUUUUGGGGCUAAAGAGGGGACCUCAGACUCCAUGGGUGCCAGUUGGGCACUUUCAAUCUCACUAAAGUCACUUAGUGCUUUGGGUUGUGGAUUUUUUUAAUGACCUUUAUUUUGCUGUGUUAAAAUGAAAAGCUACCCACCUACUAGAUCACCGUGGCAGGAUGAUCUGCCACUACAUAAACAGUGGGAAGAAAGAGAGGUGAUGAUCAUGUGUUCUGUCCAAAAUGGAUUCUUUCCAUUGGACCAAGCAACCGAUUGUAGAUUUAAUCGUCCAGUCAGAGUUAUUGCGAGUGCACUAUUACUGACCUGCUGCCUUACUGGCUCAGAGUAACAAGGCUUCUCUUUUGCAUGUGCAGCUACGCCAUACGGACAUGUUCUUGUAAGUGUACUAGAAAUAAGCUGGUUUCUGACUGAUGUUCAUUUUAACUGUCAUCAGUAAGGUAAAGGUUAGUGAUCCAGCCUUGGGCUCAGUGCAGCUAACGCUCUAGUCCAGAUCCAGAGCUGGUUGCCAGUUAAAUGAAUUUGAUAGAUCUCAUCCAAGUCCCCAGUGGACGUUUGCACAGAAGCCAGAUUGUGUGGAGGCUUUGUAUCAAGUGGUACCCACUGCACAGGGGCUCACGACUGGAACUGCGGGGGAUGCUGCAGGUCGGGAUUGAUGGCCGUUGGCAGAGCUGUGCAUGCAUAGCUUGUGCAGCAUUCGCCUGGCUCCAGCUAGCGCUAUCAGCCCCUCGCUGUCUUGAAUACGAGAACUGUAAUUUACUCUCUCAAGAUUUGUUUUUGAUGUAUUUUCAGUCGCUGAUCAAAUCACACACACCCCUAGCUCGUUCUUGCUGGGGGAUUAUCCUGCUGUGGGGAAUAAGGGACUCUAUCAGGGGACGCUGUAGUCUGACUUGCUGCCUUCAGGCUGUUUUACAUGGCCAGAGAUGGGAAAUGUUGUUUAUUUUUAAAUGAAGAGCCAGUUACAUGUGUUUUGUUCCUUGGACAUGCAUUGAAAGAGGAAGCCUUUUUUUUUCCUUGAAUAAAUCAGAAUUUUUAAAAUCAAA